AUUGGCAGAUACGUGUAUUGGCCUUUUUACUUGGAGUUGCUGAAGCCAAUGCAUUUUUAUCAUUUAAAAAAUGGCGUGAAGGAGCACAUGAUACUUCGCAUUUUGAUUUUAGACGACAAUUGGCAUUUGAAAUUCUUAAUGAAGAUUACCUUAAUUUAAGGAAUCCAUCACCAAAUAAAAAGCAAAAAGCUCCAACUGAACUACAGCACAAAUUAUUACCUCUUCCAAAAAAAAAAAAGACCCGAAAUAUUACAACUUACCCGCAGCUUCGCUGCAUAUAUUGUG